AUGCUGCUGUGUUUGACCUCUGACCCUUCUGCAGCAAAGUUCAGCCUUUGUGAUCUACUCCAAUUGUGGCAGGAAAGCUGUUCUGAGGGAAAACACCUGUUGGUGGGGCUGACCCCAAGCCAGUGCAUGGAUGAAAGGAGCCAGCUGGGUAAAAUGGGAGCAGACCCUAGGGCAGGUGUUUCCUAUAGCACCGUUCAGAGAAAAUGAAGAGAAAAUUGGGCAGGGGGCGGGGAGAAGGACAUAGAAUAGGGGGUUGAGUUAGGUGCUCUCUAGAAACCUGCGUUGGGUUUUCGUCUUAUGUGGAGCUUCUCAAGGAUCAUGUUUAGGAAACGAAAGAAACAUUGGCUUCAAACUUCCAAAGGCUCUAACAGCAUACUGGGAUGAUUAAAAACCAUGACAGUUUAAGGAAUACAAAAAGCAGCUAUUUUAUGCAUGGAUGGCCAUUUUAGGCGGAAUAUCAGGCGCUUCCCUCUCCAUCCUCUGCCCCUUUUUUGUGCCUUUGAAAAGGCCAGGGUGCCUGCUUUACAGCCACUGUUCCUGCCCCUCCGCCACCACUUUUGACAGCUUUAAACGUGACAUAAUCUGGUUUGCAUCAAAGGUGGGCAACAUUGCUCCAAAAUCAAACUCUGCGACUGGGAAAGGAAAAAGGGGUAACUUAAUGAAGCUGCUGUUUUAAUGCUGCCUUUAUUUUUUACGCCGCUGGGUCAUAAUUGACCUAUUCAAAUACAGCAGCCCCUGCUCCCAUUCAGCAUUCGCUACUCAAACAUCACAUUACUCAUUUUUGUCAACGGCACUGCCCAACGAUAUGGUAACGAAAGGAAAAUAUUUAAUCUGGCCCUUUAUUUAUUAAGUGAGUAUCGUGAAAUAAGAUGACAGCGCUGGAAACCCAACCCUGUUUAAAUUCUUCCGUUAAUUUCUCUGCAGGCCUUUUCCCCCCCUCUCCCCCCGCCCCUUCCUUAAGGUCGCUUUAGGAUGCUGGACUGGAAUGUCACUCACUGGCACACUCAAGAGCUGUCAACACACCUCCAUUCGCUGAUGAGAGCGCCUUCAGCUGGCC